AUAGACACUAAUUAAGAUAAUAAUUUUUAGAGCAAUUAUGAGGGUUGUUCAAUUUAAACGAAGUCGUGUCGUGAAGUUUCUGUUGAUAGGGUUGGGAGUUCUAGCCUCGUUACUGGUUAUAUUCAAGACAUUCGACCAGGAUGGAUCAAGGGAAGGAAGCAGCCUUGAGAAGAGUUUAGGAAAAGCGGAGAAACAGGUUCAAUCCAUGGAGAAAGUUCGUCAUAUUUCUCAUCCCGGAGAAGUACCGGAGUUCAAGGGCAAAGGGAAUCCUGGGAACUUUGAACCUAGCUCUUAUGGGGACGGAAAUGCUCCUGGAGAGAACGGUAAAGCGCACAAACUCCGGGUAGAGCAGAAGACUGAAGAGGAGCGGUUGAAAGGAGUUUAUGGAUUUAAUCAGCUUGUCUCGGACGAGAUCAGCCUAAACCGUACUGUCCCGGAUACCCGUGAGGAGGAGUGUAAGUAUUGGGAUUAUCCCACGAACCUACCGACCGCCAGUGUAAUCCUGGUUUUCCAUAACGAGGGCUGGUCUACUUUACUCCGAACUGUAAACAGUGUAAUCAAUCGUUCUCCGCCACAGUUUCUACACGAGGUUGUCCUAGUAGAUGAUAAAUCAGAACUUGAUCAUCUCCAUGAGCCCCUGGAGAUAGAACUAACGAAACCUUACUACGCCAAGGUCAAGCUGGUUCGGAACUCGGAGAGAGAAGGAUUGAUCCGAGCGAGAAAUAACGGUGCCGUGGCUGCGUCAGGAGACGUGGUUGUGUUUCUAGAUGCUCAUUGUGAGGUAGAUUAUAAUUGGUUACCUCCCCUGCUGGCUCCUAUUCACGAGGAUAGAACCACUCUCUCCGUCCCUGUAAUUGAUGGAAUCAACUGGGAUGAUUUCUCGAUCACACCCGUUUACGCCAGAGGAUCUCACUCCAGAGGACUUUUCGAGUGGGGGAUGUUUUAUAAGGAAGGAACAUUGCCAAAGAAAGAAGAAGCUAAAAGAUCUCAUCACAGCGAACCCUACAAUGCUCCAACUCAUGCAGGUGGACUGUUUGCAAUUGACCGUGAAUGGUUUAAGGAAUUGGGAUGGUAUGAUCCCGGGCUCUGGGUCUGGGGCGGAGAAAACUUCGAGCUCUCCUUCAAGGUCUGGAUGUGUGGAGGAAGGUCGGUUUGGGUUCCCUGCUCCAGGGUCUCCCAUGUAUACAGAGGACACUCCUGCUCAUCCUGUCAUAGUGGAACCUUAUCAAACAAGUUUCACGGCCAACCAACCACCCUGAGGAACUACAAGAGAGUUAUUGAAACCUGGUUUGAUGAUGAAUAUAAAGAAUAUUUCUACACCAGGGAACCCUUGGCCAGAUACGUUGAUAUGGGAGACAUCAGCGCUCAGCUCAAGAUGAAGGAGGACAUGAAGUGCAAGUCCUUCGACUGGUUCAUGAAGGAGAUUGCCUACGAUGUUCUUGAGAAGUAUCCCCGCCUGCCUCCCAACAAGCACUGGGGCGAGAUGAAGAACGAAGCUACAGGUUUUUGUCUAGAUACUUUCGGUAAGCACCCGCCAGAAUCUGCAGGAGUGAGUGGUUGCCACGGUUUCGGCGGUAAUCAGCUAUUCCGGCUCAACACAGAGGGGCAGUUAACCAGUGGCGAAUGGUGUCUCAAGGCGGAAAAGGGAGAUCGUGUCACAAUAGCGUGGUGUGAUAUGGGAAAGGUUAACGGACCCUGGGAGUAUCUCGACGAUUCUAAACAAUUACGUCACAACGAACUUAAAACCUGUCUCAGCCUACACCCUGAGAGUCAGAAACUAAUCAUGAGAGAAUGUAAUGACAAUGAUACAUACCACAAAUGGAACUGGAACAAGAGCACUCCUUACUGGGCGAAGAAAAACUAAUAGUUUCAUUUCUCAAACAAUUAACUUAUGGAAAUGUACAAAACUAAUUGAUUUCUGAUAAUAAUUAAAAAAAUUUAGACAAAAUGGCAACUUGCCUGAAAUACCUUGUGAUUUAAAAAAAAGGUUAUAAAUACCAUAAAUUCAGGGAAGAGAUUAUUUGGCAAACUUUUGUAUAAAGAGAAAAUUGGCAUUGAAGGCCUAUAAGAUGGGACAUUUAUUUUGUUGUAAAAAUAUGUCCACUGUCUAUAGUUUAUUAAAUCACGCUGAGAAGAGGUAAACCUUGUGCACCGUGUGUUUCUGUGAUAUUAUUAUUAAUAUUUCAUCUCUAUGUAAAAACUAGUAUUUCUGUGAUAACAUUUAUUCCACGUUCUAUCAAAAAUAAGUUAUCAUAACAGUUUUCUCUUAAAAAUCUUAUAAAUUGUAGCAAAGAAAUCGAACCUGUUUUGCUAAAGAUUUCUCAAAAAUUUCAAACCAAUUUUAUUUUCUAUUUGUAUGUUUCUAUGAUCCAAACUAUUGUAUAAAUUAUUCCAUUAUUUGA